UGAAAUCAAAACAACAAAACCCCAAAACCCUAAAACCCCCUAACAAAGACAACCAUCAUCUUCCUUCUGAUUAUUUUUCCCAUCAAUUUUCCCGGAAAAUCACAUAAAGAAGGAAAAAGUACCAAACAAAAAAGAUGGUCUGGUUUCAAUGCGAGGAUUGCGGCGAGAACUUGAAGAAACCUAAGUUACCAAAUCACUUCAGGAUUUGCUCUGCUUCAAAGCUUUCGUGCAUUGAUUGUGGAGUGAUUUUUGGGCAGCAAAAUGUUCAAAGCCAUACACAGUGCAUGACUGAGAUGGAAAAAUAUGGUCCUAAAGGACAAGGGAAAACACCAAAUGGUUCAAUUUCAAAACCGAACAAGCAAACAAGGGAAAAACCUGAUAUUGAUAUCAAUGUCGGGUUAUCCCAACGUCCUCCAUGGUUUUGUAGUCUUUGCAAUACCAAGGCUACCAGUCAGCAGGCCUUGCUUCUUCAUGCUGAUGGAAAGAAGCACAGGGCAAAAGCUCGGGCAUUUCAUGCUAAGCAACAACCUAAACAGAUGGAAGAAUCCGCUCCGGAUUCAAAGGUUUCAGCUGAAAAUAACGAGAAUGGUGAGCUGCCGGAGAAUAAAUCUGUUGGAGAUGCCAAAUCACAGGAUCUGCCUGAAGAUGGUCAACCCCAAAUCAACUCAGAAGCAACAAAAGGAGAUGUACCUUCAAAUAAAAAGAGAAAGCUUGAUGCAUCUGUGACGGAUGGUACUGAAAAAACUAGUGUGGGUGACAGCUCUGUUGAAAUGGGCAAUGGAGAAGUAGAUGAUGCAAAGGGAAAGGCAAAGAAAUCCAAACAUAAUGUCGUAAAAGAAGAUAAAGUAGAAGCCGCCUCUACGAAAGAAGACAAGAAAAAGAAGAUAAAGUGGAAGAAGUUGAUCAAAGACACCUUGAAAUCCAGUCCUGACGGAGUUUUAAAGAUGCGGAAGCUGGAAAAACGGGUUCUAAAGGCCCUCCAAGAAUCCGGUGUAGAUGAAGAUAAGUCUCAACUAAGUGAAAUAUUGCAGCACAAGAUUACUUCGAACGACAGAUUUUCGUUUGAUGGCAAAUACGUUCGUUUAGCAGCUAAAGACUGAAAAUUGAACUUUUGAUGAAAGCUCUUUUUGUGUGUGAAGAAUGGCAAUGUCGCCUGUAAUCGGUUUCGAUGGCAGGUUUGCUGUAAAUUCAUUCAAUUUUGCUCAUUUUAAUGAAAAAACCAGUAAUUUAUUAGUAAGUUUUGCUUGAGAAUCAACUUUGUAGCUGGCCCUUCAGAUGAGGCUUAAUCUAGUAAUUGUUGCAAAUGCUUCAGAAA